UACCAUAAAACCAUAUUGUAUCAACCUAUCUCUAAUCAAAUUCAAUAACUAUACGGAUAGGCAUGACAAAUCCGACACAAAUCGUGUGGACAUGCGAAAUCUCGUCUCCCCAUUAGUUCUACGGUAGUCAUCGGUCCUUCUUGUUGAGCUGUGAGCGAUGAGGUCGCAUCUGCUGACUCUUGUAGGUAAUCUCGCCAGAUAAAAAUAUAGUUUAUGUAGAAAUACCUCAAUGUUCCCUAUAAUUAUCUCAAGUCCUGAUUACCAUUGAUGGACAUAAUGGACAUAAAAACCGGUGUCUUGAAUUGUGUAUCAGUCGGAGGGAUUUCGUACAGCCCUUUUGUGCAUUAGAUCCAAAACGAAAAUGCUGGUUUACAAUACCGUCAAAUUGUACAUACGAUCUUGUAAUGUGUUUGAGAAAGCAGGCGAAGUUACCCCCUUAUAAGGCCCCGGAUAUUGUGGAUGGCGAAUGUCACAUAAUUGGGAAAGAACCAUGGUGUGAAACAAUUGUCAAAAAUCAAGGGACGCCACAUCCUUCAAUACCAGAAGACACAACAGAAAAAGCAACAACAAAAUUAGACAUAACAGAAAAACCAACAACAGAAAUGUCAACAACAGAAAAACAAACAACGGAAACGCCAACAACAGAAACGCCAACAACAGAAAUGCCAACAACAGAAGAAGACACAACAGAAAAAACAACAACAGACAAAUUAACAACAGAAAAAACAACCACAGAAGAAGUCACAACAGAAGAAGACACAGCAGAAAAACCAACAACCGAAACAGACACAACAAAAAAACACAUAACAGAAGGAGACACAACGGAAAAAGCAACAGCACAAGAAGAAACCACAGAAGAACACACAACAGAAGAAGUCACAACCGAAGAAGACACAACGCAAAAAGAAACAUCAGAAGAAGUCACAACAGAAGAAGACACAACAGAAGAAAGCUCAACAGAAGAAAGCUCAACAGAAGAAUACACAACAGGAAAAACAACAACAGAAAAACCAACCACAGAAGAAUACACAGCAGAAGAAUAUACAACAGAAAAACCAACCACAGAAGAAUACACAGCAGAAGAAUAUACAACAGAAGAGGAAACAACAGAAGAAAGCACAACAGAAGAGGACACAACAGAAGAAAGCACAACAGAAGAAUACACAACAGAAGAAUACACAACAAAAGAAAACACAACAGAAGAAUACACAACAGACGAGGACACAACAGAAGAAAGCACAACAGAAGAAUACACAGCAGAAGAAUACACAACAGAAGAAUACACAACAGAAAAACAAACCACGGAAGAAUACACAACAGCAGAAUAUACAACAGAAGAAUACACAACAGAAAAACAAACCACGGAAGAAUACACAACAGAAGAAAGCACAACAGAAGAAUACACAACAGACGAGGACACAACAGAAGAAAGCACAACAGAAGAAUACACAACAGAAGAAAGCACAGCAGAAGAAUACACAACAGAAAAACAAACCACGGAAGAAUACACAACAGAAGAAUAUACAACAGAAGAAUACACAACAGAAGAAUAUACAACAGAAGAAUACACAACAGAAAAACAAACCACGGAAGAAUACACAACAGAAGAAAGCACAACAGAAGAAUAUACAACAGAAGAGGACACAACAGAAGAAAGCAAUACAGAAGAAUACACAACAGAAGAGGACACAACAGAAGAAGAUACAACAGAAAAACUAACAACAGACGAAGACACAACCGAAGAAAACACAACCGAAGAAGACACAACAGAAGAAAACACAACAGAAGAAGGAACAACAGAAGAAGACACAACAGAAGAAUGCACAACUGAAGAAGAAAGAACUGAAAAAGCAACAACAGAAAAAUCAACAACAGAAGAGGACGCAACAGAAGAAUACACAGCAGAAGAAUACACAACAGAAGAAAGCACAACAGAAGAAUACACAGCAGAAGAAUACACAACAGAAGAAAGCACAACAGAAGAAUACACAACAGAAAAACAAACCACGGAAGAAUACACAACAGCAGAAUAUACAACAGAAGAAUACACAACAGAAAAACAAACCACGGAAGAAUACACAACAGAAGAAAGCACAACAGAAGAAUACACAACAGACGAGGACACAACAGAAGAAAGCACAACAGAAGAAUACACAACAGAAGAAUACACAACAGAAGAAUACACAACAGAAGAAAGCACAGCAGAAGAAUACACAACAGAAAAACAAACCACGGAAGAAUACACAACAGAAGAAUAUACAACAGAAGAAUACACAACAGAAAAACAAACCACGGAAGAAUACACAACAGAAGAAAGCACAACAGAAGAAUAUACAACAGAAGAGGACACAACAGAAGAAAGCAAUACAGAAGAAAACACAACAGAAGAAGAUGUAACAGAAAAACUAACAACAGACGAAGACAUAACCGAAGAAAACACAACCGAAGAAGACACAACAGAAGAAGACACAACAGAAGAAGUAACAACAAAAGAAGACACAACAGAAGAAUACAUAACAGAAGAGGACACAACAGACAACCCAUCAACAGAACAAGACACAACAAAAGAAAACACAACCGAAAAAGACACAACAGAAGAAGACACAACAGUAGACGACACAACAGAAGAAGAUACAACAGAAAAACUAACAACAGACGAAGACACAACCGAAGAAAAUACAACUGAAAAAGACACAAAAGAAGAAAACACUACAGAUGAAGAAACAUCAAAAGAAGACACAACAGAAGAAUACAUAACAGAAGAGGACACAACAGAAAACCCAUCAACAGAAGAAGACACAACAGUAGAAGACACAACAGAAGAGAGCACAACAGAAGAAUACACAGCCGAAGAAGAAACAACAGAAAAAGAAACAACAGAAGAAGUCACACCAGAAAAACCAACAACAGAAAAACUAACAACAGACGAAGACACAACCGAAGAAGACACAACCGAAGAAGACACAACCGAAGAAGACACAACAGAAGAAGACACAACAGAAGAAUACAUAACAGAAGAAGACACAAUAGAAAACCAAACAAUAGAAAAGAGCACAAUAGAAGAAGAAACAACAGAAUACCCAACAGAAAAUGACACAACUAGCGAAGAUAGAACAGAAGAAGACAUAACAGAAGAAGACAUAACAGCAGAAGACACAACUGAAAAAGAAGAUACAACAGAAGAUUACACAACAGAAGAAGACGCAAUAGAAGAAGACACAACAGAAGACGGCAGGAUGGAAGAAGGACCAACAGAAAAAGCCAGUGAAGAAGAAUACACAGCAGAGGAAAACAAAACAGACGGAGACUCAUCAGAGAAACCAAAAUCAGAAAAAGACACAUCGAAAGAAGAACCCAAAGAGUUACCCAAAUCAGAAGAAGACUCAUCGCAGGAAGCACCUGACGGGGCACCUUUCUUCGAAGAAGACAUAUCGAAGAAAGAACCCAACGAGACACCAAAAUCAGAAGAAGAAAAAUCGACAGAAAAACAAAAAGAGAAACCAAAAUCAGAGGAAGACACAUCGAAAGAAAAAGCCACAGAGACACCUAAAUCAGAAGAACACACAUCGCAGGAAGCACCUGACGGGGCACCUUUCUUCGAAGAACAAAUAUCGAAGGAAGAACCCAACGAGACACCAAAAUCAGAAGAAGACAAAUCGACAGCAAAACAAAAAGAGAAACCAAAAUCAGAGGAAGACACAUCGAAAGAAAAAGCCACAGAGACACCCAAAUCAGAAGAACACACAUCGCAGGAAGCACCUGACGGGGCACCUUUCUUCGAAGAACACAUAUCGAAGGAAGAACCCAACGAGACACCAAAAUCAGAAGAAGACACAUCGCAGGAAGCACCUGACGGGGCACCUUUCUUCGAAGAAGACAUAUCGAAGGAAGAACCCAACGAGACACCAAAAUCAGAAGAAGAAAAAUCGACAGAAAAACAAAAAGAGAAACCAAAAUCAGAGGAAGACACAUCGAAAGAAAAAGCCACAGACACACCCAAAUCAGAAGAACACACAUCGCAGGAAGCACCUGACGGGGCACCUUUCUUCGAAGAACACAUAUCGAAGGAAGAACCCAACGAGACACCAAAAUCAGAAGAAGAAAAAUCGACAGAAAAACAAAAAGAGAAACCAAAAUCAGAGGAAGACACAUCGAAAGAAAAAGCCACAGAGACACCCAAAUCAGAAGAACACACAUCGCAGGAAGAACUUGCAUUGGGACCUAAAUUGGCCGAAUUCAUAUCGAAGGAAGAACCUGCAAAGAACCUUAAAUCAGAAGAGCACACAUCGAAGGAAGAAUCCAAAGAGACACCCAAAUCAGAAGAAGACACAUCGCAUGAAGAACUUUCAUGGGGACCUAAAUUAGCCGAAUUCAUAUCGAAGGAAGAACCUGCAGAGAAACUUAAAUCAGAAGAGCACACAUCGAAGGAAGAAUCCAAAGAGACACCCAAAUCAGAAGAAGACACAUCGCAGGAAGAACUUGCAUGGGGACCUGAAUUAGCCGAAUUCAUAUCGAAGGAAGAACCUGCAGAGAAACUUAAAUCGGAAGAACACACAUGGAAGGAAGCCAACACCAAUUACAAAAUCUCAAAUCAGAAGAAAAAAAUUUGAAAGAUCAAUCUUCAGAGAAACCAAACUCAGAGCAAAACACAUUGAUGGAAGAAUAGACAAAGAAACUCAAAUUAGAACAAGACACAUCGACAGAAGAACCAACAGAGGACCCUAAAUCAAUAGAACCCACUUCGAUGAAAGAGCCAGCAGGGAAACCCAAAUCAAUAGAAAAAUCGGAUAAAGGAGAAUGAAUGAUGAAGGAAGAUGAAGGAUCUUCAGAAUAAUCAGAAUCAACAACAGAAAAGGCAAAUUCUGAGAAAGACAAAACAGAUGCAAAAUCGGAGGAAACGUCAAUAAAAAAUCUAAAUCUGAAGACGAAAAUUCUAUAGGAUAAUCAGAAAAAUCCUCUACAGAAACUAUAACCAAAAUAGAAAGGAAGAAAAAUGUGAAGAAGAAAAAUCCAAAAGAGAAUCACAGACAGAAACAUCAGUUUUGGAAGAAAAUAAAAAUGUGACCAAUUGAGUAGAAAAAUAUUACAAUAACCAAUAACAAAACGAGCAUUAGAAAGAAAAAAAAUUAACAAUUUAGAACGAAAUCAAUUUUCAAAAACUCCUCUUCGCAGAGGAAGCGAAGACUAAGGAAAAGAAACCAGAAGCGGAAACAAAAGCAGCGGAGAAAGAAGAAUCGACAGAAGAAGAGGAAAGAAGAAGUAUGGUUUCUAGAAAAUAUCGGAAUCAACCGAAAAUCCGAGGAAAAAUUGGAUUAAGCAAUAACAGAUAAACCCAAAAAAGAAGAACAGAUGAUGCUAAGAAAAACGGCAAAUAAAUUCGAAGAAGAAUUUUACAAAAAAUAUAUUAAAAUAACUAAUUCAAAUCUAAAAUAAUUUAAUUUAAAAUAUCUAAUAAUAAUAAUAAGAAUCUAAUCUAAUACGCUUACUCAUUCUCUCUCUUACACACUCUUCCUCGUGCAGUGUGCGCUCACUGGCGGUGGCGGAGGGGAGCGAGAUAGCAACACACAUCUUGAUUGAAUAUCGGGUAUAAAUGUAGAGACGCGGCCCUUGCCGCUGCUGAGAACAUCUCCGCUCGUUUAUGGUAGAUUUAUAAUAUAAGUGGAAAACAACAAGAUAAUUUCCGUAACCAACUUUCCGUAACUGGAGAAAUCCCAUUAUACACCAGUCUCAUGUGCUAGCUCUUUCAAACAACAUGAAGUCCAUUAUCGUUCUCCUCUUAGCUCCUCUGAGUAUUGCUAUAAAGUCCAAAGGUUGCCCAUACCCGUAUUGUCCUUUAUCAUUCGAUGGAGUCACGUGUGCCUAUGAUAAAGCUUGCGGAUUUGAGGCAGAAAACGAAUGCCAGCUAAAAGUGGAGAUAUGUUUGCGUGAAUUAAACAACAGGCCGCGUUUCAUCAAAAUGGUUUCCGGAUACUGUGUAGACAAAAACAAGAGACGGUGUACCCCUAUGGUGUCACACAAAAUAACAGAUUUAGAUCUUAUGUAACUGGAAUCGAUUUGGUUCCACAUCCAAUUGCAUUAUGAGCAGUCAUAAGCAGUCAUUGCAUCACUCUUCUGGAGAAUUAGAAUAAGUUUUCCCUGUAAAUAUGUUACUACAAAAUUCUUCCAAAAUAUAACUUCUAUCCGCACAUA